GCUUUACGUGAAGUUGUAUGAUUAUUGUAAUGAGUUAAUAAAAAAAAAAUAACCUCGACAGGUAAAUUAAUUAAAAAACGUCAAAUUAAUAUUUAAAAAAAAAAAUACUCCGAAAUAUAAACAAGUACCAAAAUUAAAUAAAGCUAGUAAAUUUUUUAAAAAAUUUAAUUUAAAUGAAAAAAUUAUGGAUGAAAUAAGAGAUUGUAUAGAAUGUAUAAAUUAUCAUUGGAUAGCAAUGGUACUAACUGGAUUGUACACACAUUUACGUCAAAUUUGUAUAAUUGGUUUUUGCUUUGCUGAUGAAAGUGCAUCACCAUUUAAUCCAACAUGGUCAUCACUUAUAUUUAUGUUUUCUGUAUUGUCAUUACUUGGCGAAUACAGCCCAUGGCCAGAUUCAUUAAAAAAACCUCCAAUAUUUAUUAUAUACAUUUACGAAAUGAUUAUUGCAGCACUUGUACAAAAUUUAGCAACAAGAGCUAUUUGGAUACCUUUGGUUAACAGUAUCAUAUGUUUAAAUAUGAAAUCAGGUGAAAUUUUGAUGUGGUUCAAUUCAUACGUAGGCCUUGAUAACUAUUCACCAAUUGGUCAAGCUGCUCAUUAUAUGAUCAAAGAAGAUGCAGUUGAUCACAUGUCACUCUGCAUGUCAAUUUUAUCAUUAGUCUGGAUGCUUGAUGCAACAGAAUCACUCGAAGAAAUUACUGAACUAUGGAACAAGUAAGUUAAAAAUACAAGAUUUUUUACAAAAAAACAUGGUAAUAAUAAAAGAAUAACAUUUGAAGAUCCAGAAGUUACUGAUUGGUUUUUUUAUGAUACAAAAACAUCUAAUGUUUUAUAAAUUUAUAUUAAAUGUUGUGUCUAAUAAAAGAAAUUUUAAAAAAUC